UGAUAUGCAGAUCUGUACUCUAGACCAAAUCCCAUCACCCCACCCUCCUCCGGGUUUGGAAUUCUACGACCACUCUGGAAAAACUAAGUGACGUGUUCAACUUCAUCUCCCCUAAACAAAUUAUUAUUUUACUUUGAAACUGAACCAUCCUCCCACUCGCUCUUUUCGCAUCUUCAACGACCCUACAUCCAAAAAAAACUCUGUUAAUGUUAUCCCUGAUAUGACCUUAAACUCUGCUGAACUCGUUCGCUUCACCCGUUUUCCGGUACUUCGAUAACCCGGAAACCAGACGCCUCUGUUUUUCUGAGUAUUUAUUUUAUUACGUUGUUUUUGAAGGGUUGGUUGGGUUGAGAGAUAAGAGGAGAAUAAUGGGAGUAUCAGUGAGGUUUGAAGGGAUAAGUGAUGAAUUGAGAAAGAUUUUGGUUGCCAGCAUGGACCAGGCGCCCGCUAGACGACGGGCUCGUGAGGCAUUUAAGGAUACCCAACUUAAUAUUGACCAUAUCUUGUUUAAGACCCCGGUUGAUGGAUUGAAAAUGAAGGAGUUGUAUGAGGUGAAUUCUAGAGGACUUGAAAUUUUUGGUAAGAGUUGGCUUCCAGAGACCUCUCAACCCAAAGCAGUGGUGUGUUAUUGUCAUGGUUAUGGAGACACUUGCACAUUUUUCUUUGAAGGAAUUGCGAGGAAGUUGGCAUCAUCUGGAUAUGGAGUCUUUGCAAUGGAUUACCCAGGAUUUGGUCUCUCAGAAGGUCUUCAUGGCUAUAUUCCCAGUUUUGAUAGGCUUGUUGAUGAUGUCAUUGAGCAUUAUUCCAAAGUCAAAGAGAACCCUGAGUUUCACGCUCUGCCAAGUUUCCUCUUUGGACAUUCUUUGGGUGGAGCUGUAGCUCUGAAGGUGCACCUGAAACAACCUAAUGCAUGGAGCGGUGCUGUGCUUGUCGCACCCAUGUGCAAAAUUGCAGAUGAAAUGGUUCCCCCAUUGUUGGUAAAAAAAUUGCUGAUUGGUAUAGCUCAUGUUCUUCCAAAGCAUAAGUUGGUUCCACAAAAGGAUUUGGCUGAGGCAGCAUUUAGAGAUCUUAGGAAGAGAGAGAUGGCAUCUUAUAAUGUUAUUGCUUACAAGGAUAAACCACGCUUGCAAACUGCUUUGGAGUUGCUUAGAACUACUCAAGAGAUAGAACAGCAGCUGGAAAAGGUAUCUCUGCCAUUGUUGAUCUUGCAUGGUGAGGCUGAUACAGUGACUGACCCAUCUGUGAGCAAAGCCUUGUAUGAGAAAGCAAGCCACAAGGACAAGAAGUUCAUUCUUUAUAAGGAUGGAUAUCAUUCUCUUUUGGAGGGUGAGCCAGAUGACAUGAUUAUCAGAGUUUUUAGUGAUAUCAUUUCUUGGCUUGAUGAUCACACCAACAAAAGCACUGCCUCUUGAUAUCUCUUUCUCUCUGUCAUACCAAAAAUAGAAGAAAUAGGUUGAUUUUCCAAAAUAAAAAUAAGGGUGUUCUUGGAUGUGCAUAGAUACAAUUCUGGUACAGUAACACUGCAUUAAUUAAUAAUAAUAAUUCUGUUAAGAUUGUUUGACCUUGCCUGGGGGAA